CGUCAACAAAUGGCCAAAAUGAACGAUCGAGUACCUAAGAAGAGACUGGGCACUAGUAGGUUAAAUCAUGUUUUUCUCAAAUCUACCCAUAUGACCCACCUCAAAAUUUCAGGAGUAAGAAAUUGGCUCUGAUUUAACAUUCAGGCAAAGUAAAAUCAAAAUCUGUUAUAAUCCAUCAAAACUGUAGUAAGCCACCUAUGAUUCCAAUGAUUUAAGUUACUGCACUAUGUUCUCUCGUCUAAAUAUAUAUAUUGCUCAUUUCUUCUUUUCAACAUUUUUCACUCAUUUCUUCUUUUCCUGACAAAAAUUUUAGAUGGAGGGAAAAGCAUAUUCACACAAAGUAGACAUUUUUUCUCUUGGACUGAUCUUUUUUGAACUGUUUUGUCCAUUUGGUACACAAAUGGAGAGGAUAAAGGUCAUGUGUGAUGUUAAACAAAGAGUCAUCCCAAGUAACUUUGAAGCAAAGAUGCCACUACAGUCAAAACUGGUUCAAUGGCUUUUGUCAUCCACUCCAAAGGCAAGACCAAAUGCCACAGAAGUUAAGAACAGUGACCUUCUAAAACAAAUUAGUUUAAAGAUAUCUGAAAAUACCAUUCCCAAAAGUUAGCCAAAAGAUUGUGCUCUCAAAUUUUCAAAUGGCAUCAAGAGAGGAAAGAUGCAUCACGAGAGAUGGGUGGUGAAAUUCCUUUUUUUAAGCAGGCAUACGUGGGUUAUUACUGUGGAGUGUCAAAAUAGGGACUUGUAUUGUAAGAGGUACAAAGGACUGUGACUCUGUGUAGUCCUGAGCAUUCACUGUUCCGCCAAAGAGCUUGUGGCUGGGUUCUGCUAGGAGUAAUGUUUUCAAUUUGAAAACUAGAUUUACAAAUGUUUUAAUGAAUUAAUGAUAUUUCAUGUAUUAUCUUACUAGGAAUGCUUUUUAGAUGACAAUCUUUUUAUUAUGUGGCAGUGGCUACUUAUUGGAGUAUUAGUGUUGUGGGCUUUACAAGUCAGAAUUCCCCUUUUAUUACUGGUAUUUGUUGUUCACUAUAGAGGUGGUAUAAUAUAUGUGAACCAUAUUUUUCUAUUUUAAAACGAGACUGUAGAUAUUGGUGUAUAUAAAACAUGUGUUAUUUAUUAAAAAUGGAAUAAAAGUGUACAAAUCUGA